CGCGGGGCGGGGCGGGCCGGGCGCUGCUUCUUCACCUGCGCGGAGCCGGCGCGGCCCGGCCCGGAGGAGGCGGCGCCCAACCGGGACUGCCAAUCACCUCGGCGCCUGGCCGCGCCCCCGGCCCCGCCCGCCGGCCCGCGCCUCCUGCCAAACUGUUACCCCGAGUGCUACCGUCAGGAGCAAUGACAUCAGGGUUUUAAAACAACUUGUUAUUCGGGGAGUAAUCAGUUGCAAUUAGGCAUUAAUUAAGUAUUAUGAAAGUUGAUUAUUUAAGUGAAUUCGGCUUUCGACUCUCCGACUAUGAGUUUGGGACCAAAGAGAGGAGAAUGGAUCUCGGAACAGCUGAAGGCACCCGGUGCAGCGACCCGCCUGCCGGCAAGCCCGCCAUGGCAACCAAGCGCAAAGGCGGCCUGAAGCUCAAUGCCAUCUGUGCCAAGCUGAGCCGCCAGGUGGUGGUGGAGAAGAGCGUGGAGGCUGGUGCCCACGCCGAGGGCAGCCCGCUGCGGCCCCGGGAGAAAGAGCGCAGUAGUCCCGAGUCUGGGGUGGCCCGGGCCCCCCACAGCGAAGAGGACAAGAGGCGGGCGGUGAUCGAGAAGUGGGUCAACGGGGAGUACAGCGAGGAGCCAGCGCCUGCCCCCGUGCUGGGCCGGGUCACCCGCGAGGGCCUGGAGUUGCCACCCGAGGGCGUCUACAUGGUGCAGCCCCAGGGCUGCAGCGACGAGGAGGAGCCGGGUGCAGAGCCCACCAAGGAGGGUGGCCCGGAGAAGGACCCUGACGGGGUGGCGCCCAAGGAGGACAGAGCGCCCAGUGCCAAGCAGGCAUCAGGGGAGUCCUCCUCGCUGCGGGACUACGCGGCCUCCACCAUGACCGAGUUCCUGGGCAUGUUCGGCUACGACGACCAGAACACGAGGGACGAGCUGGCCCGGAAGAUCAGCUUCGAGAAGCUGCACGCGGGCGCCACCCCCGAGGCGGCCAGCUCGUCCGGGCUGCCCCCUGCCGAGGAGGCCCUGGGCAAGCGGGCGCGCUUCUCCAAGUACGAGGAGUACAUCCGCAAGCUCAAGGCCGGCGAGCAGCUCUCCUGGCCGGCCCCCGGUGCCAAGGCCGAUGAGCGGGCGGGCAAGGAGCCGGGCGCCCCCCUGCCCAGCCUGCGGCUGCCGGGCAGCACGGCCCACCUGGAGACCAAGGCCACCAUCCUGCCCCUGCCGUCGCACAGCAGCAUGCAGAUGCAGGGCCUGGUGGCCCGCGCCUCCAAGUACGACUUCUUCAUCCAGAAGCUGAAGACGGGGGAGAGCCUGCGGCCCCAGAACGGCAGCACCUACAAGAAGCCGUCCAAGUACGACUUGGAGAACGUCAAGUACCUGCACCUCUUCAAGCCUGGGGAGGGCAGCCCCGACAUGGGCGGCGCCAUUGCCUUCAAGACGGGCAAGGUGGGGCGCCCCUCCAAGUACGACGUCCGGGGCGCCCAGAAGCUGGGCCCCGCCAAGGUGCCGCCUGCCCCCAGCCUGGCUCCCGCCCCCCUCGCCAGCGUGCCCAGCGCCCCCGGCGCCCCCGGGCCAGGGCCCGAGCCACCUGCCUCCCUGCCCUUCAACGCACCCGAGUACCUGAAGUCGACCUUCUCCAAAACAGACUCCAUCACCACGGGGACCGUCUCCACCGUCAAGAACGGAUUGCCCACAGAUAAACCAGCUGUCACUGAAGAUGUAAACAUUUACCAGAAAUAUAUUGCCAGGUUCUCGGGCAGCCAGCACUGCGGCCACAUCCACUGCGCCUACCAGUACCGCGAGCACUACCACUGCCUCGACCCCGAGUGCAACUACCAGAGGUUCACCAGUAAGCAGGAUGUGAUCCGGCACUACAACAUGCACAAGAAGCGUGACAACUCCCUGCAGCACGGCUUCAUGCGCUUCAGCCCCCUGGACGACUGCAGCGUCUACUACCACGGCUGCCACCUCAACGGGAAGAGCACCCACUACCACUGCAUGCAGGUGGGCUGCAACAAGGUGUACACGAGCACCUCGGACGUGAUGACCCACGAGAACUUCCACAAGAAGAACACUCAGCUCAUCAACGACGGCUUCCAGCGUUUCCGGGCCACCGAGGACUGCGGCACGACCGACUGCCAGUUCUACGGGCAGAAAACCACCCACUUCCACUGCAGGCGUCCCGGCUGCACGUUCACCUUCAAGAACAAGUGUGACAUCGAGAAGCACAAGAGCUACCACAUCAAGGACGACGCGUACGCCAAGGACGGUUUCAAGAAGUUCUACAAGUACGAGGAGUGCAAGUACGAGGGCUGCGUGUACAGCAAGGCCACCAACCACUUCCACUGCAUCCGCGCCGGCUGCGGCUUCACCUUCACCUCCACCAGCCAGAUGACCUCGCACAAGCGGAAGCACGAGCGCCGGCACAUCCGCUCCGCGGGCGUGCUGGGGCUGCCCCCCGCGCUGCUGGGCGCCAAGGACACCGAGCACGAGGAGUCGAGCAACGACGACCUCAUCGACUUCUCCGCCCUGAGCAGCAAAAAUUCCAGCCUGAGUGCCUCCCCCACCAGCCAGCAGUCGUCCGCCUCCCUGGCCGCCGCGGCCGCCACCGCCGAGGCCGUGCCCAGCACCACCAAGCCCCCCAACAGCAAGAUCUCGGGGUUGCUGGCCCAGAGCCUGCCCGGCUCCCUCCCCCUGGCCUUGGCCCUCUCCAACUCGGGCCUCCCCACCGCUGCACCCUUCUACCCCCUCCUCCCUGGCCGGGGCAGCACUUCCCUGCCGGUGAACACCCCCGGCCUCCUGGGCGCCGUGUCGUCCGGGGCAGUGGCCUCGGCUGCCCCUGACACGCCUGCUGUGGCCGGCCCAGGAGCUGGUGACUCGGCCCCGGCAAUGGCCACCUCAACCCCGGCACCCCCCGCCUCCAUCAUGGAGAGGAUAUCCGCGAGCAAGGGCCUCAUCUCACCCAUGAUGGCCAGACUGGCCGCGGCCGCCCUCAAGCCCUCUGCCACCUUUGACCCAGGAAGCGGGCAUCAGGCCCCCCCAGCCAGGUUUCCCCCAGCCCAGGUGAAGCAGGAUCCCGGCGAGAACACUGGCACCCCAGGCCCCCACGAGAUCUCCCAAGACCGCAGUCUAGACCUGACCGUGAAGGUGCCCAGUAAUGAAUCAAAUGGCCACGCAGUCCCAGCAAAUUCAUCUCUUUUAUCCUCGCUUAUGAAUAAGAUGUCUCAGGGCAACCCCAGCCUCGGCAGCCUGUUGAACAUCAAGACGGAAGCAGAGGGAGGCCCCCCUGUGGAGUCCGCGCCCUUCCUGGGCAAAGCCGUCAAGGCCCUGGUUCAGGAGAAGCUGUCAGAACCCUGGAAGGUGUACCUGCGCAGGUUUGGCACCAAGGACUUCUGCGACGCCCAGUGUGACUUCCUCCACAAGGCUCACUUCCACUGCGUGGUGGAGGAGUGCGGCGCGCUUUUCAGCACCCUGGACGGGGCCAUCAAGCACGCCAAUUUCCACUUCCGGACAGAGGGAGCAGCGCCGAAAGGGAGCAUGGAACCUUCCUUACCGUCCUUCCCGGCCGCAGCUGCUGAGACCAAACCUUCCGGGGCCCCCUCGUCCCCUCCGGCUCCUCCCGUGACCGCGGCCGCGGCCUCCUCCCUGGAGGGGCCCACUCCCAGCCUGGCCGCCGUGCCCUGCACCCCCACCCUCCUCGCCUGGAAGCAGCUGGCUUCCGCCAUACCCCAGAUGCCUCAGAUCCCAGCGUCAGUGCCUCACCUGCCCGCUUCGCCCUUGGCCACGACUUCUCUAGAGAACGCCAAGCCCCAGGUCAAACCCGGAUUCCUCCAGUUCCAGGAGAACGAUCCUUGCCUUGCGACGGACUGCAAGUAUGCCAACAAGUUCCACUUCCACUGCCUCUUCGGGAACUGCAAGUACGUCUGCAAGACCUCCGGCAAGGCCGAGUCCCACUGCCUGGACCACAUCAACCCCAACAACAACCUGGUGAACGUGCGAGACCAGUUCGUGUACUACUCGCUGCAGUGCCUCUGUCCCAACCAGCACUGCGAGUUCCGGAUGCGCGGCCACUACCACUGUCUCCGCACCGGCUGCUGCUUCGUGACCAACAUCACCACCAAGCUGCCGUGGCACAUCAAGAAGCACGAGAAGGCCGAGCGGCGGGCAGCCAACGGCUUCAAGUACUUCACCAAGCGUGAGGAGUGCGGUCGGCUAGGGUGCAAGUACAACCAGGUGAAUAGCCACUUCCACUGCAUCCGCGAGGGCUGCCAGUUCUCCUUCCUGCUCAAGCACCAGAUGACCUCCCACGCCCGGAAGCACAUGCGCAGGAUGCUGGGCAAGAACUUCGACCGAGUGCCCCCAGCCCAGGGUGCCCCCAGCCUGGUGGACCCCGAGACAGACGAGUACAUGGAUUACACCGGCUGCAGCCCGGGGGCCGUGUCCUCAGAGUCGUCCACCAUGGACCGGAGCUGCUCCAGCACCCCCGUGGGCAACGAGAGCACGGCCGCAGGGAACACCAUCUCCAUGCCGACAGCCUCAGGGGCCAAAAAGCGCUUCUGGAUCAUUGAGGAUAUGUCGCCGUUCGGCAAGCGGCGCAAGACGGCCUCCUCCCGCAAGAUGCUGGACGAGGGCAUGAUGCUGGAGGGCUUCCGGCGCUUCGACCUCUACGAGGACUGCAAGGACGCGGCCUGCCAGUUCUCGCUCAAGGUCACCCACUACCACUGCACGCGCGAGAACUGCGGCUACAAGUUCUGCGGGCGCACGCACAUGUACAAGCACGCGCAGCACCACGACCGCGUGGACAACCUCGUGCUGGACGACUUCAAGCGCUUCAAGGCCUCGCUCAGCUGCCACUUCGCCGACUGCCCCUUCUCGGGCACCAGCACGCACUUCCACUGCCUGCGCUGCCGCUUCCGCUGCACUGACAGCACCAAGGUCACGGCGCACCGCAAGCACCACGGCAAGCAGGACGUGAUCAGCGCCGCGGGCUUCCGCCAGUUCAGCUCCAGCGCCGACUGCGCCGCGCCCGACUGCAAGUACCGGCUCAAGUGCUCGCACUUCCACUGCGCCUACCCCGGCUGCCGCCACACGGUCGUGGGCAUGUCGCAGAUGGACUCGCACAAGCGCAAGCACGAGAAGCAGGAGCGCGGCGAGCCGCCCGCCGGGCCGCCCGGCGCCGAGGGCCCCACGCCCGCCGCGCUCAGCCUGGACGGCUCGCUCAGCCUGAGCGCCGAUCCCGGCGCCUCGCUGCUCUUCCUGCAGACGGCCGCCGCCGGCCUGGGCCUGGGGCUCGGCGACGCGGGCGACCCCGGCCCGCCCGACGCCGCGCCCGCGCCCCCGCGGCCCCGCCCCGGCCCCGGCGCGCCCGGCCCCGCCGGGGAGUCGUCGCAGGAGGACGAGGAGGAGGAGCUGGAGCUGAACGAGGAGGAGGACGACGAGGACGACGAGGAGGACGACGACGACGAGGACGACGACGACGAGGACGACGACGAGGACGAGGACGAGGACCUGCGCACCGACUCGGAGGAGUCGCCGCCUCGCCGUAGCCCGCCCCGCGUGCGGGCGCCUCGGGGUGCCUGUGAACGGACGCGGCGCCCCCGGAGCGCACCCCCGCCGCCCCGGCCACCCGGCCACCGCGCCCACCGCCCGGGGACCGGCCACCGCGCCGUCUUCGCUGUGGGACACGAGCGUUAGGGAAAAGGAGCGCCCGCGGACCGGGCGCCACCCGCUCUUCCAGGCCCGCCCCCCGGGAUCUUGCCUCUUUAUUAUAUUAUUAUUAUUAUUAAUUUUUUAAGAAAUGAUAUUUAUAUGUAAAGCUUCCCUCUGUACAGAGCUAGAGGUCCCUGCGGAUUCCGGGCCGGCGUCGGGGGGCGCUCAGGGCUCGGGGCUUCGGCCUCGCCGGUGCUUGGGGAACCGGCCCCGUCUCAGGACCGAGGCCCGCGGCCUCCCUCUGGUGCUCCCGGGGCGCCCCCGGAUCGCGCGCAGCGCCGCGGCCCAGGACCGGGGCUGCCCAACGCCCCUUUUCUAAAGCUGAAGUUUGGGGAUCUUCUUCAGGGAAAUAGAAGGUGCUCUUGUCCGGGGUGGGAACGAGGAGCGGGGGACCCCAGGGGCGAGGCGGGGCGCAGGCCCCCGGGCAGCUGCUCCGAGCGAGCGCCCCUCCCGCGGCCCGCCCCACCCCCGCUCCCACCCCCGCGGGAUCCCUCGCUGCUCAGGAGCGGGCCCCCCACCGCUAAGCGCCGGGGGCGGGCGGCCCCGCAGCCUCCGGCCGGGCCUCCGGGGAGCGCAGCUGGGACCUUCCCGCCGGGCCCGAGGGGGAGGGCGGGGCGGAAGGCCCGGGCGACACUACAGGGGACCGCGAAGCAAGCGCGGAGUGAGCACAGCGGGGCCUGGGCGUGCUCCCCGAGGGCUCCGCUACGAGGGGGCCCCCACUUGUCUCCUUUAGCAACUCCCGGCGCCAAAGGGAAACCGAGGCUGUGGCCAAAAAAGGAGAAGUAGCCAGCGGGGUGUUGGGGGUGCAGACAGGACGGAUGCUAUUGUUUGGGGCUUUAAUAUUCAAAAUGGGGGGAAAAUACAAAAAAGUUGUACAGUAUUUUUCCUGUAAAGGUUAUUCUACAUAGAACAAAAAGAUUUAAAAAAAAUAAAUAAAUGAAUAAGGCAGGUGGGUGGUGAGAGCCCAGCCCGGCCUCCAGACAGCCCCCAGCUUGGAGAACUGGUGCAAUGUCUCCUGCAGGAUGUUGUUUAGCGUUUGUUUCCGAGGCCUUAACAGUUUGAGGCUGGCUGUUUUCACACUAGCACUGAUGGGAGCUGCGUGAUUCCAACUUUUAACUUGAAUUUUGUAGAGACAAGAAAAAAAAGGACUCUUACUGUUAAUACAAGUGUGUAGUUAAUUUAACAUUUGAGUUUUUCUCUCUUGGGCAUGCGUGUGGCUUUAUAGGGGGAUUUUCAGUUUGUAUUAUUCUUUUGUUUGGGAUGCUUCCUUGCUAGUGCCCCGCCCGGAUGUG